CUCCUCGCCUUUCCUCUCUCUCUCUCUCUCUCAGCUGUCCUGUUCCUGUUCGCAUUGGAAAAUCAAAACCUAGCUUGAAGCCCUAGCCGUUCUCCACAGUUGUUCCCUUCCACGUCACUUCACUGAACCAGUGGUGAAGGUAAACCAUUUUUGUAAAAGAUGCAGAACGAUGAGAUUAUAUGGCAGGUUAUCAGGCACAAACACUGCAGUUUCAUGGCCAAAAUUGAAACUGGGAUUUUUUGUCGCAAUCCAUAUAAUGUGACUGGAAUCUGUAACCGGAGCUCUUGCCCUCUUGCCAAUAGUCGCUACGCCACCAUUCGUGACCAUGAUGGAGUGUUCUAUCUUUAUAUGAAAACUAUUGAAAGAGCUCAUAUGCCUAACAAAUUGUGGGAAAGAGUUAAGUUGCCCAGGAAUUAUGAAAAAGCACUCGAAAUCAUUGACAAACACUUGAUGUAUUGGCCUAAGUUUCUUGUACACAAGACAAAGCAGCGGUUGACCAAAAUGACACAAAUGAGGAUACGGAUGAGGAAGCUUGCUUUAAAAACAAGGGAGAAAAUAAUGACAACACCGAGAAAAGAGAAAAAGAGGGAGUCUAGGAGAGAGGAAAAGGCUGAAAAAGCUGCCUUGUUGGAUAAGAGUAUCGAAAAAGAAUUACUAGAACGCCUUAAAAAAGGAGUUUAUGGUGAUAUAUAUAACUAUCCUGUCAAAGAAUACAACAAGGUUCUUGAGCAGGAAGAAUUACAGCUUACCGGCGAAGAAGAGGAAGAGGAGGAGGAACCUGAGAUUGAAUAUGUUGAAGGUUAUGAGGAACUUGAAGAAGAGGAUGAUAUCGAAGAUUUUGAUGGUCUUGGAAUUGCCCGAAGUCACUUGGAUGAUGAUGAUAAUGUUGGAGUGGAAGAAGAUGAUGAAGAUGCAGAACCACUCCCUCACAAGAGAGUGAGAAAAGAGUCUGCUGCGGCUUCUAGAAAGUUUGAGAAGGAUGGCGCUGUUGCUAAAUUGAAAAAGAAGGCAAGAGUAAUUGUUGAGGUUGAGCACGAAGAAGAUGGGGGUGGAAGACAAAAGGCAGUCCAAAGUAUUGCUUGAUUUAUUUACUCCAUGGAAAAUGUAGCUGCUGUAGGGAUGUGCUUUCUGCGAGGUCUGAUGUAGAUUUUUUAGCCAAAGUUUACAGAGCAAAAAGAAUAAGAAAUCUCACUACUGCAGACAACAGAAUUUUGAUAGUUGGGUCAUCUAAUUAUACUUAAAAAAUUAUUGUCAUUUGAAACGGAUAUGUUCUAGAUGCUAAGUUUUGUUCUAUAUUAUUCCCACCCAACCUGUAUUUUAAGAGUAGAAUAUUUCUAAAAUGAUCACAUUUGAGUAUUUUUUUUCUUUGUUACCUUAUUUAGUUAGGGAGACAUUGUUUGUUGGUUUCAAAUUUCAAUCUAUAAACAUUCUUUGAACUUUGCAAA